AUGCCCCACCGGUCAGAACUAGUGGAAGCCUUGCGCUACCGGCUGCAGGAGGCCACAGAGUGUGCCGAGCCGGAUGUCCUGAGGGCCGUGACCGUCGACGUAGACAAGAAGCUGGCGAGCCUACCGUUCCCGCUGCCCUCCAGGAGCACUUCCUUCCGAGAAGCCGAGGUGGACCCCAAGGCUGAGGCGCUGUACCCAGGAGAUGCCCCGCCGGGCAUGGUGCCCCUGGCCGGCAAGGGCGUGGGCGACCGUCUGUUCGAGGCGGCCAGUGUGCUGCUGCUGGGUGACGGCAGCCUCAGCAUGGAGCUGCAGCUGAGGACUAUGGUGGAGAUGCUGCUCCACAAGCAGUACUACCUAAACGGUAUGAUCGACUCCAAGGUGAUGCUGCAGGCUGCCAAGUACUCACUGUGCACUGAGGAGUCGGCCCGUGGCAUGAACCUGCCCAUGGGCAUCCUGGAGGCCAUCUUUGAUGCUGACGUGAAGGCCACCUGCUACCCGGGCGCCUUCGCCAACAUGUGGCAUGUCUAUGCACUGGCGUCUGUGCUACAGAGUGACAUCUAUUCCAUUUACCCCAUGAGAAACCUGAAGAUCCGCCCCUACUUCAACCGGGUAAUCGGCCCCCGGACCCGGCCGCCCGGGCCUCCGGUGCCUACCCUGCACAUCAUGUGGGCGGGCGAGCCCCUCUCCCAGGCCAUCUUCAGGCCCCAGUACUUUGCCCCCGUUGUCUCCCUGCGCGGCCUUGACAGGCCGACCCCGCCACUCAGGACAUUGGAGCUGCUCAACGCCGAGCCUGACAUCUCCUACUCGGUGCUGCGCGAGAGGUACAGCAUCACCAAGAGCACCUUCUAUCGCUGGAAGCGGCAGUCGCGGGAGCACCGGCGGCGGGCGGCUGCCCGCUACGAGGCCCGCCACUACCUGCAGCGCUGCUUCGCCGAGGGUGGGGGCUUCCUGCCGCUGCAGCAGUUCCGCAGCCGGUUCCCCGACAUCUCCCGCUCUACGUACUACGCCUGGAAGCACGAGAUGGUGCUGAUGGCUGGCGGGAGGCUGCCGCCCGGGCCUGGCGCCGGGACGGAGCCUGAGCCGGGAGGGGGAGGGGCUCUGCACAGCGGCGCGGGCCCGGCGAAGGAAGUGGCCAGCCCAUCCGCUCAGCGCUCCCUGACCAUGCAGCAGGCCAGGAGCUUCCUGCAGGAGUGUGUCCUCCUCAAUGCUUGCCCACCUUACAAGAGCUUCAGAAAGAGUUACCCCUGGAUCUCCAGAUCCACGUACUACAACUGGAGGAAGGAGGCAAUGGGCCGGACACGGGAUGGCCACCAGCGCCAUGGCAACGGGCAUGAUGGCUUCCUGGCCCUGCCUCCGCCUGCUUCCCGGCUUGGGGGCAGUGGUGGCGGCAAUAGCCGCCCCCUGCCUGGUCUGCUGACUGCCCCUUCUUUCUCCGCCAGGCUGCGAAGGGUGAGGCAGUGGCAGCAGCUGCAGCUGGAGGCCAGGAGGCGGGCUCAGAGCUGGCAGAUGCCACUGUCUGCCCUCCGCGUGCGCUUCCCAUCCAUCUCCACUGCCACCUUCCUGCGCUGGAGGGCCCUGGCCCAGAAGACUGGCUCCCGGGAGCCCAGGCGGCCCCACGGGGAGUUGCCCGCCCCUGUCACUGUCCCAUGGGCCGGGGCCUCCUUGGUCCAGGAGGUCCCGGGAGCCGGUGUGAUGCCGGAGCCCAAUGGGAUGGCCGUCCAGCCACCGGCUCCGGCUACUCAACACGGGCCAUCGUCCAAAGCCAAGGCCAAGCUAUUCCUGCAGCGCCGUUACGUGUCCAGGGACUUCCCGACCUUCCGUGAGUUUAGCAGUUACUUCCCGCACACCCCGCGUUCCACCUACUACAUGUGGAAGCGGGCGCUCAGCAACGGGAUGAUGCUGAUGCACUGCCCGGGGGCGGCAGAGGAGAAGCAGACCUAG